AUGCGAGGAAUAGCAGCAUACCCCGAUAACGACCCCAAUGCAGCCAACGACAUCAGCAUCAUCUUCACCAUCGUUCCAGAGCGCGAAAUCAACUUUACCAACCUCGAUCCCGACGGGCAUGUCAUCUGGAUGACGAGCCCUAUCCGCAAGGGACGGUACUUCUCUGUUCCAGGCUUCGCUAAACCUCUUCCCCGGCUCAAAGGGAAGAAAUCGAAGUUCGAGGUAAGGCGCGCCAAAGGGAUGGAGAUGGGUGUGUUUGCCACCCGAGACAUUAAGCGGUUCGAAACCUUCCUCUUCGAGCGCCCUUAUAUGGUCUACCCCUGCCAACCACUCGGAUUCCUUGCCGGCUCGCUCUCGGAGGAAGUCGAAAAUCUUGACAUCGACCAGCAGCGCCAGGAUAUCGAAGGAAUUAUGUCAUUGGCCAAUUCCCACAAGGAGGAUGGGAGUGGACCCAUUCUCGGGAUCAUAAGGACCAACUCGUUGGGUAUCAUGUUUAGAGACAGUGAGGCCGACAAUGAGUUUGGGACGAGAGAUACUCGCUCAGGUCCUUGGGAACUGAAGCCCGGAGAACUGGGUGUGACCUUUCCGUAUGGAACGCCUAGUGGGGGAUGA